GAGUGGAGCGCUGUGGAAUGCCGCACACAGCGGGCAGUGAUGCGUUAGCGACGCUGGAGCUUUUCUUCGAGGUCACACGAGAGGGUCCGAAGCGCUUCCUCUCCGCGGCCUCGGGCCAUUCCGAAGCGUCAACAGCAGCUUCGGCCUACAUGCUGGAGACAGGCAGCGGGUACUUCCAGGACUCCUCAGGUUAUAGCUAUAGCCAGGGCGGCUGGAACGACGAGGUCGGACACAUCGGCUCGGAUGUGGCACCAAGCACUGGGUUCAAGCUGAAUGAGAUGGACCUGCAAGGUGAGAGCAGCCGAUGGAACGAGGGAGCCUUCAUGUCCGUGGACGUUGCCGUUGCACCCCGGGCAUGGGACGAGGCCCCGGCGCCCUACAUUGACAGCCCGACUGGCACAG